AUGACGAUAACAUUGACGAGGUUCGACCCAGACGAGAAGACGUCCAGGACAAUGAAGAACGAUCUCCCAAAGACACAGAUCCGGACAAAACUGCUCUUCGUGGAGCAGGACCCAGCCGCCGAGGGCGCGCUUCCCGCACUGCGGCACCUCCCCGGCGACAUCGACCUGCUGGCGGCCAGCAGCGCGCGGCUGCUCACUUCGCUCAUCGAGCUGAAGCCCAUCGAAGACGACACGCCGGGCGGGCUGGCGGCCGAGCGGGAGGCGAGGGAGAAGAGGCUGGAGAGGGCGCGCCAGAAGCACAACAUCUCGAUCCCCGUGGUGGGCGACCGCUACGGGAAGCGCGCGCCGCAGGCGCGAUUCCUAGAGAACCUCAUGGCCAUCAAGAGGCUCAGGGGCGAGACGGACGAGGUGACGGUGCACACGAUGGAAACGCGGCAGAACGACGUGGAGGACGACCCGGAGGAGAUGGUGGAGCGGAGGAAGCGGGCCAAGGCGACCGAGCGGCACAGGAAGAACAGGGCUGGCAGCACAGCUGGCUCAACACCUACACCCGGACAGUGGAACGACCUUGCUCAACCGGCUGCUGGCGCUGAGGACGACACGACUAUGCAGGACGGUGCGGGCGACAAUGACGAUGAAGACUCAUACCCCGAUGAAGUAUAA